AUGUCAAAGAGCGGCAGUAAUAUAACAUGGAGAGACCAGCUUGUUGGAUCCAUCGUGGUGAUCUUGUUUGCCUUUACUCUCGUCUUAAAUUUUCUAGCCCUUCAUUAUACCUAUGUCAAAGUUCGCAAGCCCUCGCUGAAGAAAAUCCCGCAUCUUUUCGUUGGCGCGCUGUCAUUAGCAGGACUGGGCAUCGCCUGUUUUCAAUAUGUUCCAUUCAUAACGUCGCGUUUUAAUGGCGAGUGGUCGCGCGAAGAUGGCGUUUGUCACUUCGUCGCGUUUGGUGUUCUGUUUUUCGGGACGCUAACAAUCUCUUUGGUAGUGAUGAUGAGUUUGGAGCGAUUAGGUGCGAUAGUCUUCCCUUUUUACUACAAGGAGAGCGUCACAUUUCAAAGAUGCGUAGUCCUGUUGGCCAUCCUGGUCGUGUACUCCUUUAUCCUUGCCAUUCUUCCGCUAGCGCUCAAUAAAGUCGAGCUCAAUGUGUCUACUGGCGUUUGCAGUUACGCCGUCGAGUCGCACAACGUGGAUACGGGCAUCGUUGUGUAUGUAAUGUCCAUACAUUACGUCUUGUCUGUGAUAGUUAUGGUUCUUUCUAACAUUACCGUUGUAUACACCCUACACGUUCUAGAAAGAAAUUCACUUUCGGAUGUCUAUGAUCAAGACAACAAAACCGAGAAAGGAACUCGCGUUAAAGGCUCUGGUACCUCCGCCUGUGUUAGCUUCGCCAAAAUGGUUACGCUUAUGGCAGUGUGUUACUCAAUUUGUUGGACCACAAUAUUGGUAAGUACUGCCCAUGUUUUAAUGAUCAGUUUUUAGGCGCACAUCUCCGCUCGCCGGCGAAUUUAACUUUAAUUUCAGUGAGUCUCUCCGGCAAGCAGAUCAUUGAAAUUUGUGGUCUUUUGGGGACCUUAACGAUGUUUAUUUGCUUAUGCUAUCACAGAUUCCGUCUCGUCAAUGUUAUUGUAACUUUUUCCCGCGCGAUCAAGCCACGGUAGAUUGUUUCACCAAGGAAUUGCUUCAUUAACUUGGUGUAAACGCAAAUUGUUUUAGUCUUUUUUUCUCGCUUCUAAGCAAGCUGCUUCGCUCCAAGUGGCCGGAAAUCUAAAUCUGGAAUCAGGAAAAAAUAAGCCAUUUUCGCUCUGAAUUUCGCUGGAUCGCUUUGUGUUCACUGCUUGCUUACGCGAUGAUAUGUAGAAUUAUACUUAUUUUAGAGCGUUUGAAGAGAAAUGAGUGAACAUCCAAGCAUCUAUUAAAGAAAUUGAGGUAUUUCUUUAAGUAUGGUUAUCUUUACAAGAAAAGAAACAAAAAGCGCUAUAAUACUGAAAAUUGUGUUGGCACAUUUAAAAAACACAUCUGAAAUUGUCGCGAAGGUUACAGAUCAAGCCGUACGCGGUAGUUUUCGAAAGAGACGCAACUUUCGAUUUAUUUAUUUUUUUUAUCGCAGUUUUAUAAACAACUUAAAGCGCAUCGAACCAAGAGCGUGCCAGUCUGUUUUAGUUUUUACUCGUGUUUUAUUUCAUUAAUUCUUUCGUAGACCUCUGAGGUGAGUGGUAAUUAAAUCGAGAAUUUUGAGAUCAGUGAAAAUUGUUUCCUUAUUUUUUUUAUUUUGAGGCAAUCGCAAAGGUUUCCGCGACCAGAUGUCUGCGAAAUGCGCUGAAAUAAAAUACAUUACACGAUGUUCACAAAGCAUCGAGAAGCCUGUUAAACAAAAGCGAGUGAACUUGAAUGAAUGAAAUUGUUUCCUUGAAGCCAAUCCGCAAGGUACUGAGAUAAAACAACAAAGUGUAUAAUGAUUUCCGCGCGGACUCGCCUAUCUUGAAUGAAGUAAUCGUCUUGAAAUGCUUCGAGCGUAACUGAGUAAUGGGCUAUGGAAGCUUCAUCAUUAAAAUUUCCGAAUAGCGGCGUCCUUCGAUCUCUUGAUACAGAAAUGCCGGAAUUGUUUUUAUCUCAGGCCUCCCGCAGAAAUUCAGGUUCAACUUAAAUUACUUACAGUGAAACACAAAGUAAAUAGAACGACGGCUAGGAGAAGAAGGAAAGCAAAAAUACAAAUAGAUAAAAAAAAAAUAAAAUAAAAAUAAAAUAAAAACAAGCGAAGAAUUGUUGUGCGGCUUGUCAAAUUACUUAGAUUCCUAUCAUCAAGACGAAAUAAGGAUUUCGUUGACGGGGUUAUCUCAGGGAAGAAAUCUGUUAGACAAAGUUGAAUUAUUAAAUUGAUUAGGUCUUUUUUUUCUUUGCGUUUUUUUUUCAUCGCUUGUUUCUUUGGAGCGAUGUUGUACCUGAUAUGAAGACUACAGUGACAGCAAGAACCCACAAAUGAAGAGAGUCAAUUUGUCCAUAGUAUUACCCUGUAAUGAACCGAAUCAACUUAAUAGCAAAGUCUUUUUACCUUAUCCAAAUGUUAUUUUAAUGUCGAAUCCCUUAAGAUGCCGCUUACUUUGGUCUUGUAAAUUGCUAUCCCCUACAGACAGUCAUUCACAAAAGUACCAACUCAUUUCGCUAUUCAUUGCAAAAUAUUUACGAAGUUUCUAAUAAUGCGAAAAAUUCAUGGAAAAUUACUAAAACACUAAUAUAAUUUAAUUUUUUUAGUGCCUGAAAAAUGUUUUGAAAGGUGUGAAUUUGCAUCUGUUCUAAAUUUUUAUUGAAAUAGGUUUUGAAUGAAUUGAAAUAAAAAAGCAACUUUUUCAGUUCGUAAUUUCUAAGAAUGCAUUGCGUUUAUUCUGUACUUUGUUGAAAAGGAUUCUUUUCAAAACCUGUUUCCGAGGUCGGUUUUAAUCUUUGUGAAAUAAGGUUUUAAAAUAUAGCGGUGAUACUCACCGAGUAAUUGCAAGUCGUUCGUAAAAGCUAAUGAAUAUUUGAUAGUUUUGCUUUAGUUCCCGCAAUCUGCUUUGAAUAAUGGAUCAGUGGGUGAUACAUGCCUCACUCAACCAUUCAAACUAUGCCGAAUAGCUUUCUCUCCCUUAGUCACUCAAAAGUUUUGAUUUUGUUUUCCAUAUAGGUUGUUUUUUAAAUAAUUAAUUAAAAUUAAUUGUCUGUGGUCUGGAAUAACAGGAUGGUUUUUAAGUUUGGUGAAUGCGGCGGGAGUAAAUGUAAAGUGUGAUCAUCGCUUACUCUUUAAUAUCUGCAAGAGCAUGGAAAAUAUAAUUGGUUUUUCAUUUUCCCCUUUUCAAGGGGAAAACGUGCUUGGUAACUCUAGCGAGGCAAUAUCCCAAUUUUUCGCGAUCUCGUCUUUUUUAUUAGUCAUUUCCGCCGAAUUCUCCUUUGCAUAAUUGUUGUCCAUAGGAAAAGGCCGGUAAAACGAGGCCUAUCGAAUACUUUUACCAUUUUUUUGGGCUUAAAUUAUGUGACGAUAUGUUUUGGAAAGAAUCUCAAGCCUCUUUAUGCUCAUUUUAAGUGCCAUCUGCCCCAUACAUCUUGGUGUGGUAUUUGAAAAGUGAAAGGGGAGUUUUUAUGUUUUGCCGACUGCCAACCAUAAACACUUAUUGACUGAAAGGGAAAUUACAUUCGAAAGAAUACCAUGAAUUUACAGGAGAGUUUGUUGUUGUUAGUCGAAAAAUGCGCUUGACAGAAUUUUAAUUAACGGCAAUAUAAAUUAAGUAAAGCUUGGAAAAGGUGUGGGAAAACAUUCAGAACUUUCAUUACUUGAAAUAUUUAUGUUUUUUUUUUUACUUUAACAGCAACUCUACGUAGGAAAUGUCAUAAGAGAUUUAGGUUUCCGCCUAAUUAGAUCCGCCUAAUGUCAUACUCUUUGUUAAAGAGUAACAAUGAAAUGACCAGUUGUAGUUCUGUAAAGUAAACUAGUGUCUAAUUGCAUUCUACGCAAGUCGGUCAAAUCUCCGUGACGAAGGAGUGCGAUGCGUUCGUUUUGGUAAUGUUAUCAAGUGGAGGGAUGUUAUAUUAGAUUGCCAUCAGUCGCUCUUAAAUACGAUGACGUGAAAUGAAAGUUGUUAAUCUCAGUCACGGUUAAAAGGUUAAAAGCAAUUUGCCACAUUUGCGCCUUCACCAAACUAUUUCAGUGACUGAGUGCUUCCCUUUGAGUAAAGAAAAAUUUUAGAGAAGUAUACCAUGAGCGUGGGAAAGGCGAUAGCCAAAAGGCGUCGAACCGACAGCCCUUUGUCUGGUGUUCGGAUGUUCUAUCUUGUCGCCUUUCCGUUCGCUAUCAGAAAAAGCUUGGCAAUUUUCUCAUUAUCAGCGCUCAGCUGAAAUAAAGAAAUAAAACACGACUGACUUCCUCUGCGUCGCGGAACACGCUUCUGAAUACUUACUAUCCGGAAAAUAGGUUUAGUAAUUGCCUUGAAACCAACAUGGGUCCCCGGUGGAUCUUUCCUACAAAGGUCGAAUGCCAGCUUUGUCAGUUCGCGCUGGUGUCUUCAGUACAUUCAGUUAUUAGUUUCCACGAUUAAAUCAAUAUUGCCACCAUUAGAUCCAAUUGAUUUUUCAGUACAGAAGAAGGAACUGCUCACAGUCAAAGCUUCCUUUCCAAAGUCUUUUCACACGAGUUUUGUCUAAAAAUGUUUGAUUUAAAAUCACAAACCUUCAAAAACACUAAGGGUGGGUAUUCAAGGGCAACUGAAAAUGCAGCCUCGCGCUUUUCAUUACAGAGGCCCUGCAGGAGCUUAUUUCUCCCUCUUCAAGCUAAAUACAUCCCUUUGGAUUACUUAUGUUUGGGGUUUAAAGCUACAUGGAGUAACGCCGAUGUAGUUGGCGCUGUAAAAACCUACAAAUGCGCAAGGCUUUGAAAUGCCCUCGUAAAAGUUUAGCCUUUGACUAUUCCUCGUCAAUCUUGUCAGACUUACGAUGUGAAAAGAAGCCACUUUCUAUCACUUUCCCAUCUUAAGAUUACGUUUCCCGUUGUUCUGAAGUCACUCCAGAUCAACACUCUCUUUGACGCCAGGAUGUAUGCUAUAUCAUAAAGACAAGGACCAUGUACCUUCUUAUCAGUGUUUCCCUGGUGUAUAUUUUUGUUUAAUUCCUAAGGAGAACAGAUUUAAGGAAUUAGUAUUGAUUUCCCUUUGCCACUUUUAGCGGGUGGCAUGCAAUGUUUCUUCAUGCCAAAACGAGCACCUUCCAUCGGUCAUUUCAAACUGAUGACAUUGUAAAAAAUAAGAAAAACGCUGUCACCAUCAGUGAUAAUAUUGUUGUUAACUUCUUAUUUCUUUUUAUCCAUUUAUUUUUUCUUUAUUUUUCACGUUUUCUGUUAUGUCUUAUCUACCAGGGAAGACAUUGGUGUUUAUAAAAGAAAGAAGGUUCUAUAGAAUAUAUGUUAUUUGUCGCCUUAAAAAAUUAAAAAAAAAAAAAAAUGAGGAUUAUGAUUUAUUUUGGGUUACUUUUUCGGAAUAUGGUGCAUACCAUGAAUUUUACUCCGCUAAGUUAAUUUUGGGGUUCAUUGCUUCCAAUGGGUCUUACUUUCAGAUUUUCAUGGAAGGAACUGUGAAUAAGUUCCAGAGAUAUCACGUCAUUCACUAUUGAUCGUUGCUUUCCAGAUGCGUAUUAUAAUUUUGUACGCUUACAACUGGCAUAACAUCUAUUUUGAUCAAGUGGUUCUCGUCCUGACCACACUGGAUCCUUUAAUAAAUCACUGUGUCUGCUUGUGGACCAUGAGGAAAUACCGCGAUGGCUAUGCUUCGUCGCUGGGCAAGGUGUUCUCCUGUUUAAAGCCCUCAGAGGAAGGCAUGUUCCGCUCAGCUAUCACUCGAAUCAGCUCUAUAUCAAGGCGCUCAUUCAGUCGAUCAUCUUCAUCUGCUCGUUCAUCAUCUAUGCGAACUUCAAGAAGAAAAUCUUGUAAGUUUGGAUUAAUCUUGAUUGUAAACUUUGAAAUUUUUUAAGUUUAAGAUAGUUGUGCCUUUUGUUGUUGUUAUAGAAGGGAUUGGGUUCUAUGUUGGAGGGUAACUCUGAAUAAAGAAUUAAUUUUCAUGCUUUACAUAAUAUUUUCUAACUUCCCAAUACAAUAAUCGAACCAUGGAAGUCUUUAUACUGUUAAAAUAAAAAAAGCCGGAACAAACAGCAAACGAUCAAAUGAGAUUACGAAGCCAAGGAAGGAGAGAAAGUGUGAAAACCGGCAACGAAAAAGGUGGAGAAGAUUUUAAUUGCUCUUAGAUGAAAAGCGGGAAGUACCAACCGGAAUAUCUAGUUGUUACAAUUUCCUGUUACCCUGGCAUUUGGCUCAAUGCGUGGGUAAAAAUCUUACCACGGAACAAAGUUAAAGAAGGAAAUUCAUUCAGGGAUGACUGAGGGUGAAAAAUAUGACGUUAUAAUAGGCAAUCGAUGAAUGAUUGUGAAUUUAUUAGUCAGGAUGUUUCUGUUUAGUUGGAAGAUGAAAUUUCUCCCAGAAAAUAGUCCUUAUGAUCGCAUCAAGUUCAGUAGGCUUUCAUUAUAAAACGGGAGUGAGGAGAUUUCAGACUUUAAUUUUUAUGCUCUUGCUGUUGAUUUAUUUUGCACUCUGCGACAACAAAAGCACUUUGCACAAACUGCUAUAAAAUUCAACCCCUGACAGUUUAAUGUGAUCUCUCGUAUCCCACGCCAACGUCUGUAUAUAUUUUCAUCUUUAAUUUUCCGGCCAUUGGCGAUAUCCUGUACAAAUAUAGUUAUGUCACAUUCAGAAUGAGGAUUACGCCCCAAUCUUAUAGUUCCAAUCUCUAGUUUUAGGACGUGCGAGAAUUCCCAAAGUUAAAAAUGUUUCGCGUGAUGUGCAUUACAAGCCAAAAAUUAUCUUCCACAAGAGAAUAUUAACGACACGCCUCCACAUUGCGUGUUAAAAGAUAUCGAUUUGCGAGGUGACGUCCGUUUUAUGACCUUUUGAUGCAUUCUUCGCUCUAUAAAUAUAUUUAACUGAUUGCUGUAAGAAGAGAGCAGGUCAUAACCUGGUGUGAAUUAUGCUUCCUCGUAUGAAACGAUCCCCCUGAGAAAAGUUGACCUUUUUCGUCUUAUGAUCCCAUACAGCUACAACAAGACUUUCAGUUUUUGGCAGAUACCACCAUGCUUCACUCUCAGAGAGGAGAUGUUAGCUUCAUGAAAUAUAUGUUGCAUAAUCUAUAAUCUCGCUCUAAACGUAACAAUAGUGUUUUGUGUAGGAGGAGGGAAAUUUUCUCUGCCAUAAUUUUUCCUUGUAUAAUUUUUUCGCGUGCUUUUGUUAUCAUGUUUUUCUUAAGCACUUAUGGUGAUUACAAUAUUCACCUGUCGACCUCAAUCGUGCUCGAUCGACGAGGUUGUAGCGUGCUGAGUGUGAUUUAUUACCAUACCAUUGACGAGGUACGAGGAAGGCACAUCUAAGUUUUUUUCCGUUUUUUUUUCCAGACAUUAUCGUUUACAUCGAUAUCCCUUAACAAUCAGUCAGAAAAACAUGAUUAAAUUCUGUUUGUGUUAUGCUUCUAAGGUUUGUAGCACCAGAAAACGUUACAAGCAAGACGAUAUUCAGUUAGAAAAGCUCGCUGUAUAACCGAAUUAAUAUACAAGUCAGAUUCAGAAAUAAACUAUUCGCCAAUUCAGUGCAAAAUAACCCUUUCGAAAGCCAUUUUCAGUUUUCUUCAAUCCCAAAACUCUCCCGCAACACUGAAAUAAUGCUCGUAAAGAGGAGAAAAAAUAAAACUAAGACCGCAGGAGAUAAAGGAAUUUAUCUAUAAACUGAAUGAGAUAGGUCCCGGCAUUGACAAAGCUAUACUAAUGAUGAUGCUUGGGUUGGAGAACUUUCGAAAAGGUGUACGAUGAUAAUGACUACAAUGUUUAUAUUAGUAACACAAAGAAUAGCGUGGGACAUAGAUGGCCAUGGAUAGAGAGAAUGAGCAUGAGCGGCAAUUGACGAAAUUAAAGCGAUUUUGUUUUUGAAAAGGCAACCUGUGAUGCGACUCACUCAAGAUUUAUAACUGAAAGAAUAUCGUGGGUCACUGCGCCUGUUAAUUUUGGUUUUAUUUAUCAUCUAACAAGACAACUCUUAUUUUUCUUCGUAGCUGCCGCACAUACGUAUAAACAAGUAACUCAAAAUAACCUGGAUGUUCCAGCACUUGUAGAGGCUCAAGUCGGUGGUGAAAUUCAGUCCGAUCCUAAGGAACUUGUGGAACAAGGACAUUCAGACGACCCUUAACGAAGGGCCCAUCAUACUAGAGGUAAAAAAAAAAUGAUGUGGCCUUCAUGAAAAAUGAAUGGUUGCUUCUCACCCCUCCCCCCUUGAGAAUGGCGCGUUCUUUUGAAGAGAGAAUCGUGAUGAGGCGUGUUAGAAAUGUGUGAGGAUUCAUUUCCAAGCUAUGUGACUUUGAUAAUCUCAGUAUCAUGAUAGUUGUUUUGUUUUUCUCAAAUGGAAUGUAGUUAAUUUCCGUUAUAGGCCGUGGUACCCUUGGCCUCUUGCAUGCUUGUUUUGUAAUGAUCUCAUUCUGAAGUGUGAGUGCAAGAUCUAUCGAAGCCUCUCUUUUGUUUGUUUUUCAGCUACAAGAAUUAUGUAGAUCACUUUCGCAGAUUACUUACUUUUUUCACUAUGAACUUCACACGCUUUGGAUUGCGAACAUUUGAACAACUCAGCGUUCGUUCUGGGGGACGGAAGAGCAGAAAUAGCUCUUGGAGGUGGAAACAGUGGUAACAGUGGAAACAGUGGCAAUGACGGAAUUAAGGGCAAUCGAUUAAGUGUUAAAAAUGAACAUUCUUAACUUAUAUUACGUGAUUCGCCGCCCUAGACCCACUGCAAAGUAAGCCUUGUGUUCACGUGACCAUACUAAAACUUUUUCCCUUUUUGGCAGUUUUUACCGCAAUGGAAUCGCGUAACAUUUCGUAAAGAAUUCAAAACUAAGAAUACUGAUAAGGUCAUAUCUUUUAGCCGUGAACUAAAUCCUUCAUUGACCAGCUUUUCAGCCAAGAGGGCUGGGCAUCGACCACGAACUAAGUCAUCCAUGAUGCAGCCAUCUUAGCGUCACACGUGGUCAAGAACCUUUAUAUUAUUAACUAGCAUGGCUUUUUGCCACUCUUUAAGUCAAACGAAAGCUAGGGCCGAAAUCAUUCUGUUCUCUCGGUGGCGUAAAUUUUCUAAAAUUCUCUGAAAAUGGUUGUCGCGUAAAUCCGUAAGAAGUCUUACUUCUAUGCUAUCGCAACCUCUAAAACUAUAAUAAACCUCCAAAACUCACAGAGAAAGCACAACAACCAAGUGACAGGGAGGUUGUUAGUUUAUUUGUUUACUCGUUGAUUCCUUCAUUUAGCCGCUAGCUUCUUACAAUCGGCUUACAAUCGCAGAAGAGUGCCAAAGACCGAAUAAUCGACAGUCAGCUCCCACUUGCAAUCGAAAAUAACGCUAAAAAAUCCUCGUACUGUGAACCUCAAGGUACCAAAGCACGUGAUUCCAUUUUUAGAGCACCUUUCGAUUGAGUUUCGUGAAAAAAAAAAAAAACCAAAGUUAUCACGAAGACCAAUCAGAAGGCAGGUAAAUACCCUUAAGAGCCAAUGAGAACUCAAGGGGAAAGUAAGCAAACCGUCCAAAGCGCGCGAAAACGUGGGUGAUGAAAACGUGAUAUUCGAUUGGUUGAGAGUGGCGCGAGUGUUUUUGGACCAAUCACAAAAACAGAAUAAAUCAAAACCAAUGCAACCUUGGAUUACGUUCGAAAUUCAAUUGAAAAUUGCUCUACUUGUGUCCUUUUAUGUGCACAUUCCUUUCCCCGCAUCAAAAAUCUAGAAGAAAGUAAGCACUCUAAACCGGCCUGAAAUCGACCGUGGGUAAUUUGAAGAAAAGUAAUGGGAGCUCGGGGAAUAUUUUAUGGAGCAGUUCAAAACUGCGAUUAAAUAAAGCACCUCUCUAAGUCAUGAUGGAGUACCUAAG